AUGGCGAGCAGCGAGCCUCCUGGCGAUGCAGCCGCUGCAACCCCUCCAGCCCCUGCUGCCCCUGCUGCCCCUGCCGCCCAGGAGCAGUCGCCCGCUUCCUCUCCGCCCGCGCAACCCCCUGCGCAACCCUCCGCGGCAGGCGAAGGAGCGGGCGAGGCAGCGGGCGGCGCGGGUGAGGCAGCGGGCGGCGCAGGCGAGGAGACGGGCUUACUGCCUCCCACCCAUUGGACGGAGCUGGCGGGACAGCAAGGUCUCGACGACGACAACGAUUCCGCAUUCGGAGACACGGCCAGCUCGACAGACUCGAUAACCUCGAGCAUCCUCGAGUACAGAACCAUCCACGGCCGAACAUACCACAGCGACCAUGUGGGCGACAACGCGCAGUACUGGUGCGAGCAAUCCGUCCCCCUGACUCCUCCCCCCAAACCAGCGGGCUCCAACGAUGAGAUGCAAAAUGAAGCGAUGGACAUCAACCAUCAUUUCCUGAGUCUUUGCGCCGACAACAAGCUCUACUUUGCUCCACUCGGAGACAACGUCCAGAAGGUUCUCGAUGUCGGCACCGGAACAGGACUGUGGGCAAUAGACUUCGCCGACGACCACCCGGAGGCAAAUGUCAUCGGCACCGAUAUCUCGCCGAUCCAACCCAAAUGGGUGCCUCCCAACCUGAAGUUCGAGAUCGAGGACUGCACCUCGGAAUGGACCUUCCACGCCAACGAGUUCGACUACGUCCACAUCCGCUACCUCGUCGGCAGCAUCGUCGACUGGCCCGCGCUAUUCAAGGAGGCGUACAACGCGCUGAAGCCGGGGGCCUGGCUGGAGAGCUUCGAGGGCUCGCCGCACAUGAUCAGCGACGACGGCUCGGUCGGCGAGAAGUCGGCCAUCUCGCAGUGGGGCAAGUUCUUCGAGGAAGGCGGCAGGACCCUGGGGCGGACGUUCAUGGUUGUCGACACGGGGAUCCAGAGGAAGGCCAUGGAAGAGGCCGGCUUUGUCGACAUUCAGGAAUGGGAAUUCAAGGCUCCCGUUGGCGGCUGGCCCCGGGACAAGAAACUGAAGGAGAUAGGGCACUGGGCGCAGACCGCUCUCGAGUCCGACAUCGAGGGCUACGUGCUCUUCAUCGCCAACGUCAUCGUCGGCUGGAGCAGGGAGGAGAUCCUGGUGUACAUUGCCCAGCUGAGGAGAGAGAUCCGUUCGAGCAAGAACCACGCUUAUUUCAAGCUGAAGGCGGUCUGGGGCCGCAAACCAGUAUAG